AUGUAUACAAAAAAUUCGUCUUGACAGAAUCUAUUGUGAUAUUGUAACAAAUUUGUGUUGUUUUAAGAUUUGGAACAUAUUAAUUAAUAAUGCCGGCGGUAAUUGUGGGUCCUCCUCAACGUAGCGAACAAAUGUGGCAAGCAUUGAAGACCCAUAUUACAAGAGAAAGACAACGAAAAAAACAAGAACAAGAAGCAGAUGCAGAAGAAGAACGACAAAGGAAAGAAAGAGAACGCCAACAAAAACAAGAUGUAAUGACUUUAGGAGAAACUAGAGAACAAAUAUCUAAUCUUGAAAAUGAACUUUCACAACUGAAAGAUGAAAAACAUCAAUUAUUCUUGCAAUUAAAGAAAGUUUUAAAUGAAGAUGAUAAUAGAAGACGACAAUUAAUUAAAGAAUCAAAUGUAGGCCCAGAAGUUUUAACAGCAGUAGGAUAUCCUGGAACAAGUUCUAGAGUAGUUCAUCCACAAUUGUUCCUUCCAUUACCACGAAGCAGCAGUCCACUUUAUAAAGUAGCUGUUGCACCAACGCAUACUUUACUACCAACUGGGCCAUUAAAGAGAACACAUAGUCCUUCGCCACCUCCAACAGCUUCACCAUAUCAUGCUGGUUAUGGAUAUAAACCUACACCAUCAAUACCAAGUUACAAUCCUCCACCUUCCAAAUCUGAGGAAGCAGCUAGAAGAUCUGGCGAUUCCAGAGCUGUUCUAUGGAACAAGAAUAAUCAAUAUUCUACGUCCAAUUUUUAUUCAGCCCCUACUGGUCAAAGUGUUUAUAGUUACUCUGCACCAACCUCGCAACCGUCCCGAGAACCCGAACCAACUAAAUCUGUAUAUCUUACGGCCAACAGAGCAACAUUAUCAACACACCAGACUGCAUAUGUUACAAAUUUGCAUUCAUUGGAUCACAAAGGUGCUUAUGCAGAAGAUAAAUUUUAUUCAAGACCAAAUAGUCAUGUUACUAUUCAUGGUGGAGCAAUUCCCAUUCAACAACCUCCACAGGGUGCAAAAACUGGAGGAAUAACAUCAGGAUAUCCAGUAAGGGCACCUCAACCACCGCCAGCACCAUAUCCACCACCACCAGGUACCUAUGUUAGUGCCUCUGGUGCUAAUGUUCCUGGACGAUUAUUAUACACUCAACCUGGUGCACGUUAUCUUCAACGAGAAGUUUAGGAUAUUGGUCACAAAUGCUUAAAUUAAGGUAUCUCAUUGUAUUAAUUGUAUG